CAUCAAAACGAUCCAAACUUUCGAAACACGCCAAACGCCACGGCGGCUCGUCUUUCUUGCUCUUCGUUCUCCGCUUUUCUUGAUCAUCUUUCCCCCAUCUUCUGCGCAGGCGCAGUACCCGCGCUCGGGACCCCACGAAACGUGUUCUAUUUACGUUUUACCGGACGAUUCCCGAACGGAGCAGGCGGCGGCUCUAGCACCGCGCACGAAAGGACUUAAAAAUGGAUCCCGAAAUGUUCCUCGACGUCGCGAACCAAGUGACGAAGCUCAAGAUGUAUCCAUACUUCGACAUCGCACACUGCGUGAUUACGUGUCUGUACCUGCGCGAAGACCUGGGGCCCGGGUCUCAACUGUUCUCAAGGAAGCAUCCUCUGUCAUGUUGGAUCACAAGCAUGUUCUCCAUCUUCGCUGGCGGCAUGCUCUCCUCUUUCUUGCUUGGGGAACCGGUACUUGGGAUCUUCAAAAACAAUCAGCAGUUGCUGCUGGCUACCGCAGUCUGGUAUGCCAUCUUUUACUCUCCAUUUGACCUGGUGUACAAGAUUUGCAAGUUCUUCCCCUGCAAGCUGAUCAUUGCCCUCAUGAAAGAAGUCACGCGGUGUAAAAAAGUGCACGACGGUGUCACUCACGCUGCCAAGAUCUAUCCCAAUGGGUACCUCAUCAUGGUUGUAAUUGGAGUCGUCAAAGGCAAUGGAUCUGCAUUCCUCAAGAUAUGCGAAAGACUCCUCAGAGGUUACUGGACACCGAAUGCGAUGGAAAUCAUGCAGCCCAGUUUCCCUACCAAAGCAUGCAUCGUGGCUGCGGUAAUCUUUGUCCUCGACAAGAAGACGGAGUUCAUCUCGGCACCGCACGCGCUCGUCUACCUGGGCAUCGUGGUGUUCCUGCUCUAUUUCAAGCUGUCCGCCAUGCUGCUUGGCAUCCACGACCCGUUCCUGCCCUUCGAGAACCUCUUCUGCGCCAUCUUCCUUGGCGGGAUCUGGGACGCAUUGGGACGCGCGCUCAUGUCCGGACGGGGCGGCGAUGGCAAGUCAGACUCAUCCAAGAACGGCAAGUCAGACGCCACCAAGAAGAAGGACUGAGGUCGAUGCGGGACCAACACCGCCGUCGACAGUUGCGCUCCGACGGCGGGACCGGGCGUGUGUGCUUGCAACAGCGACGGACGAAGCCGUCUACCACUGCAUCAUGGGUGGCUACAGAAUGGCCAACGAAGAGUUCCGAAUCGCUUCUUUUGUCGUCUCCUCCCCUCGCCCCCUGCCCCGUCUUAUCAUAUUCUUACAUUUGAGAAGCGGUUUCAAUACCCCUGCCAGAAGUGCCUUAACUGCAGACCUUUUUACACAGUCUCGAAACGAAAGUAUACACAAUUGUUUUUACAUUUUAAAAACCAUAUAGUAACAUAGCAUUUCACAGAUUUUCUAUGACUAAGACACGGAUUUCCUUAGGCGUCCAAUAAUGUCAUCCUAGUUGGGACGCGAGAUCUGAAGUCCUUGUAACAAGAUCUUUCUUGUGCAAGGGUUGACAAGCUAAGUAGAAUUAUAGUAACCUGCUCAUUCAUGUCCGCUCGUUUUGAAGACGACGCUGCAAAGCACAGCUCAGACUUGUACCUAUGCUCCAUCGAUUUUUAUCCAUUUUUAAGUCCUUUCCAACACGAUACCUCGGCUGCCAACGUACAAGCAGAGCGAAACUGCAACAGUCGUUGCUCAAAUGCCGCCUUAAGCGGGGGCUUGGAGAACGGAAUAAGCGGCACCAUUUUUAUGUUUCCUAAUCUUUCCGGGCAUCUUUCUAAACGUCAUUUUGCAUGGGCAUGGUCAUCUUGUCAGCCCCCCGAAUUUAGGCCGAUCUGUCAGAGGUCGGGUGUUGUGAAGCAGUUGACAGCAGCUGCGGUCCGACCGGCUAGACGAAAGUCGAGCGCUUCACCUAGUCAGUACGAGCGAUCGCAGACUGUUCCUAUUUUAGCACGAGGAGGUUAGAGAGACGCCACCAUUGUUACCGUGACCUCACUUCCCCGAUCCGGACGAUUAUGCGACUAUAAAGAAGCGAGAAAACAUUUCAGAGGACAAGAACUUGUUUUUCUUACGGUCGCACCGUCAGCUAGUUGUUUUAUGGUUCUGAUGUUCCCCCUUUUUACUCUCUACGAGGGAUUGUUUGACACGAGGUUUGCAAGUUGCGACUGUACAACAACAGAGUCAAUAAAAGAGAAAAGAAAUUGUCUACCUUCAAGCUGA